UCGUAUCGUGAAAAGUUACGCUCGUCAAAAAUAAUUCAAAAAUGCGUGGAAAAACGCCAAAAUAAUUCGUCAAACCGCGUAAAAAGUGCAUCUGAAUAUCACGGCACUCGCGUAACACAAGAAAAUUGCCGUUCGCGAGUGUAUUUAUCCGGAAAAAUUGGAAAAAUCAUCUCUUGCAUUUGGAUACACAGCAAAAAAAGCUAUAUACAUAAAAUAAUAUAUAUAAAAAUUUUUAUUAUAUAUAAAGUGAAACUUUUCAGCCAUAUACAAAAAUUCAUUAAUGGCAUUUUCCCUUUUACAAUAUUUUUUAUUUAUUUAAUUAAUUUCUCUGAAGUCCGAAAUAAAUAAGAAAAAAAUAUUUAAAAAAAAUCUCCUGUGCCGAGUGAAAUCAAGAGAAAAGGAAAGUAAGCAAAUAGUAAAAGGAAAGCUGAAAAAAAUAAAUGAAAGUGAAAAAUAAAUGAAAAUUUCAAACGUAACGCGAGAAGAAAGAAGAAGCGAAAGAAGAGGAGGCGAUACAAAUUUAUGCCUACAAGUGUAUAAUAAAAAAAAAAUAAUUAAUAUAAAAAAAUAUAUGAUGGAAUGACGUGCGUUCAUUAAAAAUACAUGAAAAAAGUGUCGUUAUUGGAAAAUACAAAUAAAUAAAAAUUUUAAAUUGAAAAAAUAAUUAAAAAUAAACAAAGCGAUAUUUAUUUGGAUUAACCGCGCGCCGCACAUCGCUCGAAGCCGACAAAUAGAAGAGACACGCAAAAAUGGAAGCAGAAGAAUUAGUUGAACAAAUUAAUGACUUCCUGCCAUUGUUACCGGAAAAUAUAAAGCAGGAAUUGCUGGACGCCAACGACAAAGGAAAUACUCUGUGUGACAGUGCGGAGAAUAAGGAAGACGAAACAAACACAACCAACAGCGAGACACCUACCAUUCCAACGAAAUGCGUUUGGUGCUCCCAAGUACUCGGCACUGCCGACAAACCCAAGUUACUCGAAUGCUUACAUGUCGCCUGCGAUGCCUGCCUCAAGCAAAAAUUCUCCGAUUGCCAGCAAAAUUCCUUCAUCAUUUGUCCCGUGUGCAAACUGGAGAAUCGCUACAAUCUCAUCAUCGACAACCAAUUUCUUAUCGAACAAAGCAAUAUUAAUGACGAGAGUCAGGGGAAUGUCGAAUCGACAAAGGAUAUCAUCAAGUGCAGCAGUUGCGCGGAAGAUGCGAAUGCGACGUCGUGGUGCGUCGAAUGCUCCGAGUUCAUUUGCGAUAGUUGCGUUCAGGCCCAUCAACGUCUCAAAAUCACAAAAGAUCACACAAUAAAACCAAAGGAAGCUGCUGUCACAGACACACAAAAGGCAGCUAGCGGCGGCAAAAGCAUAUUAUGUCACGUGCACACGCAGGAAAAACUUUCUCUUUACUGCGAAACAUGUGAUCGCCUAACGUGUCGUGACUGUCAAUUGGUCGAUCAUCGUGAUCACAAAUACAAAUUCGCCGAUGAAAUUGCCGCCGAAACACGUAACCAAUUGACAGCUCUUCUCAGCGAAAUCAGCUACAAAAAAGUAUUACUCUCGAGCGCGAUGAAAGUAAUUGACGAUCGGCAGGCGUUAAUUAGCGAAAAGAAGAAAGAAUUGUCGAAGGAGAUAACCGACCUCGUUGUCAAAUUAACGCAUGCCGUGAAUUCGCGAGGCAAGCAACUCGUCUAUCGCCUCAACCAAGUUUGCGACACGAAGCUCCAAGUGUUGAACGAGAAAAAAGACGCACUGCAAAUGCUCUCCGGGCACACAGAUCACUGCAUCGAAUUCGUCACACAAGCGCUGGAUAAGGGCAGUGACAGCGCUGUUUUGUUUAGCAAGAAAACUCUCGCGACACAUUUGCAAAAAGUCAAGUGCCAAAGAGCGGAUAUUCCUAAUCCCGAGAUACCUGUGCGCGUUCAGCUGCAUUUGUCGAACGUCAACGAGUUGCUGAGCGUAAUUGGGCGCGUCGGAACAAUUCUUGUCGAUGGAAAAGUUUAUCCGCCGCCUCAGCCUGUGCCAAAUAAUGCACCGAUUACGCCGCAACAGGCACGACAAAUGAAACAACCGAGUCCGAAUAUUACGCCGCCAUUGAGCGGCAGAGGCGGAAGCGGACCAAUGAGUUGCCAAAUGCCUCAAGGACCGAAUUCGGGUUUUAAUAAUAUGCCGAAUAUGUUUAAUCAUCCGAGCAAUACGGGAGGUAUGACACCGCCGAUGCCUCCAAAUAUCACAAUGGGAAGAAGUUACUCGCAAGAUGGACCAACAGGUGUUCCGCCAGGUCCAGGAGGAAGAUUUCCCCCGAUGGGACCUCCGCAUGGCGUGCCAGGGAACUCGCAUGUUGCUCCGCAUGUCAGUUCUUCGACGCAUCCUCAUAAUAUGGACAUGAACUUACGAGGACUCCUGAACACUCAUGGUCAACCCGGAAGCCAAGGAAUGAUGGGAAAUCACGGCAUGAAUCCAUAUGGCGGCGUUCAAAACAGAAAUAUGCAAAACAUGGGUCGUGGAUACAUGAAUGGCCCAAAUGGAAUGCAAAAUAUGAAUCAAAAUCAAGGACCUAACGGAAAUAUGAUGCGAAAUGGAUCUGCGGGAUUUGGUCCGAAUUUUAAUCGAUUCAUGACGCCACAGAUGCGAAAUAUGAUGCAAAAUAAUCAAAUGCGCUUCCCCGGGCAACCAGGAAAUUUUAACCAAAGCGGGCAAAUCAGCCCGCUUCAUUUGGCAGCACAACAACAGCAAAGUCCCACAGUACCUCCGCAGCAACAAUCAAGUUCAAAACAUGGCAGCAGUUCAGGCGGAGCAGGCGCAAGUUGGCAUAUUCCGCAAGCAGGACAGUCACAAAAUGGAUUUAAUAAUUCAAGUAGCAGCGGAUCAAGCGGACCAGAUCCGUUCGUGAAAAUUCCCCUAAAAUCUCUCGAAACGAUUAAGCAAAAUCUCAUGGCGAACGGACAAAUUGUCAUCACGCCAACGACAAACAACUCCAGUAGUAGCCAACAAUCGACAAAUAAUCAAUCAAACUCGAACAGUAUCAGUGUGACAUCAACUAAUCCAAAGACGCCGAGUCCGAGCACUAAUGAGAAUUCUCAAAGUUUUGCUGAGUCAAUCGAUCGUGCAUGUGAAGAUUCAGUCAAUGACUUGAUGGCGACAAUUGCUAAACUCGAUUCGAAUGGCGUUCAAGUUCUUCCAGAAGGCAGAGGAAAGACAACGUCGCCACAAGUUCACAGUUCAACAGAUCCAAAUACCGCAGUUAUCGAUGACAAAAACAAUCAAAAAGACGACCCAAAUGAAGAUUGGUGCGCUGUUUGCAUGGAUGGCGGAGAGCUUAUGUGCUGCGAUAAAUGUCCCAAAGUAUUCCAUCAAAGUUGUCACAUCCCGUCGAUCAGUUCGUUGCCAGAUGAGACAGAAACUUGGCAAUGUUUGCUUUGUUACAACUUUGCCGAUAUGCAGCCAGAACCAGCAGGCGAAAAACGUUCAUCCGGAUUGUCAGCAUCAGAGUUGAAAAUCCUCCAAAGGAUCGUUCUUGAGCUCUUCUGUCAAUACGAAUGGAGCAUGCCAUUCAGAACUCUCGAACCAGACACCAAUACAGCUUAUUAUGAAAUCGUAUGCAAUCCAAUCUCAUUGUCACAAAUUAAAGAUAAGCUCGAUUCAUCACACCAAUCGUAUUACAAAGAAAUUCCAGCGUUUAUUGCCGACGUGAAGAAACUUUUUAAUAACGCCUAUUUGUUCUAUCAGGAGGAUUCCAAAAUUUUCCAAUGCGCACGAAGCUUGGAGCGCUUUUUCGAACAACAACUUGCCAAAUGGCUCCCGAAAUAUCAAGACACCGAGCGUUUCGGCGACGAAUUGAUCGUGAAUCCCACAAAACGACUUCGAACCAUUGAAUAAAUAUUAUUCAACAACUUACUUUUUUUUAUUAUUAUUAAUUUAACUUUUAAGGUUCCUUAAAAAAAAAAUAUUUUUAAACAUUUUUUUUUGUAAAUUCGAACGAAUAUCAGUAU